AUGAUGAAUUAUAUCUUGCUUGUCUCGCGCCAAGGCAAAGUGCGACUUGCGAAGUGGUUCACGACAUUGCCCCCAAAGGCGAAGGCGAAGAUCGUGAAGGACGUCACCCAACUAGUACUCGCAAGACGGACUCGGAUGUGCAACUUCUUGGAGUAUAAAGAUACUAAGGUGGUGUACAGGAGAUACGCAAGCCUCUUCUUCGUCUGCGGCAUUUCCUCUGGCGAUAACGAGCUCAUCACGCUUGAAAUCGUCCACCGAUAUGUCGAAGUGCUGGAUCGCUAUUUUGGAAAUGUUUGCGAGCUGGACUUGAUCUUCAACUUCCAAAAGGCAUACGCCAUCUUGGACGAGUUGAUUAUAUCUGGAGAGCUGCAGGAGUCGUCCAAGAAGUCAGUCCUGAGAGUGGUCACGCAAGCAGAUACUGUGGAGGAGCAAGAAGUCACAGAAGACUCCAUAACACGGCUAGGUCUCUGA